GAUUCAUAUUACUUUACAACCUCCAGACCCGUCGAGCCUAAUAAAAAUGGCAUGCCAACGUUUUACCUCGCAGAUGUUGCUUACCCAAUUUAUUCCGCGGCGAUUGCAUCGUCACCCAUUCCCAUCAUUCCUUUUCAGGAGGCAGAUUCCUCAGGUUCGUUGUUCGUCGGGACAAUCUGCUGUUGGCAGUGUCACGGAACUGCUGGAAAAGAUCCAGACGACCACCAAGAUAUACCUUGACUUUGUGAAAUCUCAAGGGCUGCCAGAGCCAUCUUACCAGCACGGUGAUGGGUCUGUUCCUGGGUUACGCCUACCACACGGAGUGCAGGAAGCCAAAGAGGUGGCAAUUGAGGCUACCUACGAGCUCCAUAAUCUUUUGCUCGGUCCUCUAGGGCUUCUUUUGAGCUGCCCUGGAGAUGUUCGUCCUUUCCCCGCUGAUGUAUCGCCGGCCGUUUCUGACCCUCAUGGAACAGCAAUUGUUGCUUCUAAGCCUCCAAUACAUCUACCGGCACCAGAUCGCCGAAAAUGUGCCAUUAGAAGAUACCAUAACCUUCGACGAGCUCGCUCAAGUAACGAAGCUGAACUCGAAGGAUCUCACCCGCUUUCUUCGUGUGGCCAUCAGCCGCCAUGUCUUCCAGGAGCCUAAAAAGGGAGUCAUUGGUCACACCGCUGCUUCCAAACUCCUAUGCAAGAAUCCAAUGUUAAAAGCUUGGCUACUCAAUAUCGCCGAGGAAUUCUGGCCAGCGUUCACGCGGACCGUCGACGCUACAGAGAAGUGGCCCGGGUCGGAAGAACCUAAUGAGACUGGCUACUCACUCGCGCAUGGCACGAGGGAUAACCCAUUCAAUGAAAUCCGUAAAGACCAUCAUCGGCACCAACAAUUCAUCACAGCAAUGCGGUUUUCCCACCUCCACCCGGACUACAAUAUCUCCUAUCUGCUCAACCACUACAAAUUUGGCGAUACCGGUAGUGACGAUAAAUCGACAAGGACAGUCGUCGACAUCGGCGGCUCGAACGGAGAGGUGGCUAUAGAGAUCGCUUCGCGGUAUUCUCAUGUCAGCUGCAUCGUUCAGGAUCUCCCAGAUACUAUCGCCGGGUUGCAAUCGCAGGUACCCCUCGCGCUUAAAGGCCGAGUGACCGGGAUGGCGCAUGAUUUCUUGACCCCACAGCCUGUUCAUGGGGCGGAUAUCUACCUUCUGCGUUGGAUUCUGCAUGAUUGGUCAGAUGCAUAUUGCGUGAAGAUCCUACAGAAUCUCAUUCCAGCGCUGAAGCAAGGAGCCAGGAUCGUUGUGAAUGAUAUCUCCAUCCCCGAGCCGGGGCAGCUGGGCAUAAAGGCGGAACGUGAUUUAAGAUACAUGGAUAUCUCAAUGAAAGCCUUCAAUAACGCCCGUGAGAGAGAUGUGGAGGCGUGGGAAAGUUUGUUCACUGAGGCGGAUUCACGAUUCCGGUUUCUCGGCGUUUCAAUGCCUCCUGGGGCAAGAAUGUCGAUCAUUGAAGCUGAGUGGAUGGGUGAUAAGACACCAUUACCUACUUGUUGACUUUCUAUAUUGCCUCGGGUAGAAUGUAAGCUUUGUUUUAUUUCUUCUCUAUGGGCGGGACCUGGAACUAUACGCACCUGAUAGUAACGUUAUAUCAUGUAACCAUCAGUUGAGAAGUCCAAAACAUGAAAGCGUGUAAAACCAAC